AUGGAUUCGCCAACUCACGUUAUCGAUCCAGACGGCGAAGUGAUAAUAGUGUUGCUGAAUGUGGAUACUACAUUCGCGGAGGGGAGCGAGGAUAUGAUUGCCCAUGGGUUGUAUAAUACCGUUUCAGAACUGGACGAAGACAUAAAGCGUCUCGAAGACUAUACGGAGACGCCGAAGCCGAACCCUCGGGGGAAAAAGAAGAAGAAAAAGGGACAUAAAAAUGCUCGGGCUGAUCUAGAGCGAAUUCCCACGCCAAUAGAAGAGCCUGUUCUUGUUGAUGAACCUGUUCCUGUUGAUGAACCUAUUCCUGUUGAUGAACCUAUUCCUGUUGAUGAACCUGUUCCUGUUGAUGAACCUAUUCCUGCUGAUGAACCUGUUCCUGCUGAUGAACCUGUUCCUGCUGAUGAACCUGUUCCUGUUGAUGAAUCUAUUCCUGCUGAUGAACCUGUUCCUGCUGAUGAACCUGUUCCUGCUGAUGAACCUGUUCCUGUUGAUGAAUCUAUUCCUGCUGAUGAACCUGUUCCUGCAGAAGAGCCUGUUCCUGAAGAAGGACCAAUUGAACAGCCUGUUGAAUCACCGGACAGGAGUUGCUUCAGGAUCCAAGUAUCUGCAAAGCACUUAAAACUCGCGUCCCCGGUUUUCAGAAAAAUGCUCAUCGGUGGUUGGAAAGAAAGCGUCGCAUGUCUGGCGCCGAGCUCGGUCGAGAUUACUGCGGAGAGUUGGGAUAUCGAGGCACUCCUAAUUCUCCUUCGUGCCAUCCAUGGACAACAAUACCAUAUACCGCGAAAGCUAACACUUGAGAUGCUCGCUAAAGUUGCUGUCAUAGCUGACUACUAUGAAUGCAAGGAGGCUGUAUAUAUUUGGGCAACUACAUGGAUCGACGCUCUGGAGGGAGAGCUUCCAAAAACAUAUUCUCGAGAGUUAAUUUUGUGGUUGUGGAUUUCCUGGGUUUUCCAGCUCUCUACUCAGUUCGAGUACGCAACAUCGAUUGCUAUGUCACGGAGUAAUGGUUGGAUCAGCGGCUUGGGACUCCCAAUCCCUGAUCAAGUCAUAAGAGCGAUGAAUAAGCGCAGAGAAGAGGCUAUCGAUAACUUGAUCUAUCGGCUUCACCAGAUACACAAAGAUCUCCUAAAUGGCGUUCGAGGAUGUGGCUAUGAGUGUAGCUCAAUCUUGUACGGGGCUCUCGCGAAGAAGAUGCAGUCAAAUGAUCUGCUUUCACCCAGGCCGACAGCUCCAUUUCCAGAAAGUUUUGGAAUUCGAGUCGCCGCAGUGGGCACGUCCGAACUCAUAUUAUUCGGGAUAUGGUUCCUCAAACCGCCACGAGUGUUUAGACUUCUCCUUUGCAUCCCUAUUCGGUGGGUUGAAUGACAGUCUUGACGGCCUUCAUCUGCAUAGCUAUAUCUCCUGAUGGAAAGCGAAGCUUUGAACUUUGUUAUGUCACUGAAACGUAUCAUUUGGCUUUUACAGUGGUUUGCAGGUUCAGAGUAACAAACUAAAACUCUCUUCUCUUUCUGAAAUAGUGCCAAGAAGACCGCCGUAGUAAAUAUAGAAUAAUGUCGGCAUAAUAUGAAUCCG